AUGGAGGCAGGCGCCCACCCGGCCCUUUCCCGCUCGCGGGGUUGGGCCCUACCACUGCUUGGGGAGACGCGGCCGCGGGUGAGCACCGAAGAGGAGCUCUAUGACUGCGUUGACUACUACUACCUGCGUGACUUCCCUGCCUGCAGGGCCGGGUGCAGCAAGGGCCAGACGCGGCGCAAAUGGGAACUGCGAACCAACCGGCCGGUGCCCGGCGGCCACGAGUACAAGAUCGCGCAGAAGCUCCUUAACGGCCAGCGUAAGCACCACCAGUGCCAGCUGCAGCCGCGGCCACGCACUCGCCUUACCUGAUGCUGGAUACCCGAAAGACCUGAUAAAAGUAUCUUUUCUGACUCCAGCUGUAACUGUGGUCCUGAGGGGAAAAGAACCCAUGGUGGUCAACAGAACUUCUUUUCGACAUCACUUAUGUGCUUAAAUUUACUAAUUGACAGUUACAU